AUGCCUUCUUUCAUUGUCUUCUCUCCUUUACUACACUAUAUUUUUGUAACAGGUAAUCUCAAAAACAGCCGUCGUUCCUCUUACUUGCUGGCCAUUACCACAGAGCGCUCCAAGUCAUGUGACGAGGGUCUGAACACCUUCAGGGAGGAGGGCCGUGUUUUCUUGAGACUACCAAAACGUGUCAAAAGCUUUUUCGCAGAUGGCUCUCUAGAGAAUCUUCGAGCAGCAGAGAAAGCUCGCUCAACCUCUGAACAGGGGAACAUCACUCUGACUGACAUUAGGAAAGAAGGCUGGCUGCACUAUAAACAGAUUCUCACUAAUAAGGGAAAGAAAGUGGGCGGAGGCAUGUGGCCUUGGAAACGAGUCUUCUCUGUGCUGCGCUCCCAUUCACUUUACCACUACAAGGAUAAGCAGGAGGCAAUACUUCACGCAGCUGGGGCAGGAAAUCACGGUAACGGACAAGGAGAGGACGAGCAGCCAAUCAGCAUUCGAGGCUGCUUGAUUGACAUUGCAUACAGCGAGACAAAGCGUAAACACACCUUGAGGCUGACGACGCAGGACUUCUGUGAGUACCUGCUUCAGGCGGAGGACAGGGAUGACAUGCUGGACUGGAUCAGAGUCAUCAGAGAGAACAGCAAGACUGACAAUGAGGAACUGGGCUUCUCCAGACAGGCUCUCAUCAAUAAGAAGCUGAAUGACUAUAGAAAACAGAGUCCAACAGGCAACAAGCCAGAUACUUCUCCAAGUAUCCAUCGGAUGAUGCCACCUUUCCUCCUCUCUAAAGCUGAAAACAUGUCAGGAGUGAACCGAUCCCCAGGGAAAGAUGAGAGUACUAAGGCUUCAUGGGGCAUUAACAUAUUGAGAAAGGGAAAGAAAACUGGUCCAAAAUCUUUUGGGGUAAGGCUGGAGGACUGCCCGCCUGCUGCCAAUAAUAAGUUUGUCCCACAGAUUGUAGAGACUUGUUGUCAUCUGGUGGAGGAGAUGGGUUUGGAAUAUACUGGCAUCUACAGAGUGCCAGCGAACAGUGCCAUCGUGUCUUCCCUUCAGGACCAGCUGAACAAGGGCAUGGAUAUAGACACUACUGAGGAGAAAUGGCAAGACCUGAAUGUCAUCAGCAGUCUUCUGAAGUCCUUCUUCAGGAAACUCCCAGAGCCCCUUUUUACAGAUGAUAAAUAUAAUGACUUCAUUGACGCUAACCGUUUAGAAGAUGCAGGGGACCGCUUGAAGACCAUAAAUAAACUUAUACGUGACCUGCCGGAUCACUACUACCACACACUGAAGUUUUUAACUGGUCACCUGAAAACAGUUGCAGACCAUUCAGAGAAGAAUAAGAUGGAGCCUAGAAAUCUGACCCUGGUGUUUGGCCCCACACUGGUGCGGACCUCAGAAGACAACAUGAUCGACAUGGUCACUCACAUGCCAGACCGCUACAAGAUCACAGAGACUCUCAUUUUGCAUGUAUGUCCUUUCCAGAUUUUUACUCUUCUGCUAGAUCAGCCAAUCCGCAUGUGCAGUCCUAAGCGUGAGCCUCAGAAAGCUGACCGGGACUUCUAA